AUGGACUACGAUAAUUACGACGCCGUUCUUCAUUAUCUUUGGGCCCGCACCCAAGGAGAUGCCUGGUUCAAACCUACAGAGGAGAACAUUUCAGCUGGUGUUUGCCUCCGUGUAGAGCAAGGUCGCUUCCGAGUCUUUCCUUAUGAGAAUCGAUACUUGGUGCCAUUUGAAACAGGCGAGCAAUUGAAUCCCCUUGUGGCAAUCAAAGUUCGCAGCGCAGCGGUACACGCUGCUCUUGGAACUGUCCCGGAAGAUUCCACCGCUAUCUAUCUGGAUGUUGGGACUCGCAUACAAAUCUUGGAGACCAUCAGCCAUUUGCCUACAGCGGAUAAGGAACAGUGCGGUGCUUUCAUCCGCGAUGAACGUGUCCUCAUAGUCUGGUCGGAUGAUUUGGACAAGAUCCUCUCCUUGUGCAAUGAUUUCGAAAACAAAUUGAUGAAACUGGUUUGGCGCUCCCGCACGGUCAUCGGUGGGACACCUUCACUUCUCAGCAACUCUGGCAGCGCCUCUAUCCCACCUUCGACUACUGCCUCUGACGUCAACCUUGCCGAGAAGCCUAAUUCUGAAUCCCAAAUUUCUUCUGUACCCUCUUUGACGCAGGAAGUUCGGAAGCCAAAACAUAAAUCCAGAUGGAAUUGGGCUCGGGGACUAACGAGAAAAGCUGCUGCGAGUCCCACUGAUUUGGAGAAGGGCUUAACACCACAACCUCGGCCUACGCGUCUACUCGCUCCUUUCUACAGUGGUUUUGGGGCUGGUUUAUCUGUUUACUUCGUCGGAUCAGGCUUGUCUAUCUUGAUGCAAGAGUAUCGGUUGGACAACGACUGGAGAAGGUUCCUGCUUCUGGUGACUACUCCAUUCCUAUAUUGCGUCUCUCUUUUCUUCGCGCUGCAGACCAUGUCCAGUGUCACAUUUCUAUUUGGCCCUGUCGCUCACCAUCACGAGAACUCUCGCUAUUACUCUGCAGUUCCCCCAGAACCCAAUCCUGAACUAGACUCUCGUCUCCCUCAUGUUACUGUUGAGCUACCGGUUUACAAGGAAAGCCUUGAAGAGACAAUUGCACCGUCCGUUCAUUCUCUCAAAGAAGCUAUGCAAACUUAUGCUCGACAAGGCGGAACUUCCUCGAUAUUCGUUCACGACGAUGGAUUACAACUCGUCAGCCCGGAAGAAAGGGAGCGCCGUAUCCAGUUUUACGCCAAUCACAACAUCGGCUGGGUGGCACGGCCUCCCCACUCUAAUGAUCCGGAUGGAUACAAACGCGCUGGACGGUUCAAGAAGGCCUCUAACAUGAACUACGGCUUAGCACUUUCGUUGAAGAUGGAAGCUAAACUUGCCGAACUAGAAGCUUCGGAGGCCUCUGGGGUUUCAGCUGCUACUGAAGACGGUUUAUGUUUGGAGGAUAAAGCUUUACAGAUGGCCAUCGAGGAAGUCUACGAGACCAACGGGAAGAAAUGGAAACCUUGGGCCUGCAAUGGUCGGUCACUACGGAUCGGCGAUGUCAUUCUCAUAGUCGACUCUGACACCAUCGUGCCAGAGGAUUGUUUCCGGGAUGCUGCUCGGGAGCUAGCUGAAUGUCCUGACGUGGCAAUCAUUCAACAUGAAUCUGAUGUCAUGCAAGUUGCUCAUCACUUUUUCGAGAAUGGGAUCGCGCAUUUCACUCGUCGAAUCAACAAGUGUAUAUCUAUGGGAUGCGCCAAUGGCGAAGUCGCUCCUUUUGUUGGCCACAAUGCUUUUCUCCGAUGGUCUGCUAUACAAGAUGCCGCUUUCAUUGAUCCUGAUGACGGUUUGAAGAAGAUAUGGUCCGAGUCAAACGUAUCUGAAGACUUCGAUAUGGCGUUGCGUUUGCAGCUCAAAGGAUAUAUCAUUCGAUGGGCCACAUACUCAGAUGGAGGGUUCAAGGAAGGUGUCUCCCUAACGGUCGAUGACGAAUUGAACAGAUGGCAGAAGUAUGCCUAUGGCUGUAACGAACUGAUCUUUAACCCCCUGAUUUCUUGGUGGAAAUCAGGUCCUAUUACUAAACAGCUACGAACUUUCAUUUGGUCAGGAGCUCCAGUCCAUUACAAGUUCAGCAUGAUGUCUUACAUGUUUUCUUAUUAUGGGCUCGCUGCUUCGGCCAUGCUUUCCGUCCUCAAUUAUUUCCUUUUGGGAUGGGCAGCCGAUGUUGAUGGGUUCUACCUCAAGAGUUUCGAGAUUUGGUUGGCAUGUACCGUCGUAUUCCCUGGUGCAGGAAACGUAGGUUAUACGGUGCUAGAAUAUCGUUUGGGUCGACGCAAUCUGUUUUCCGCCUUCCUUGAGAAUAUCACUUGGAUUCCGUUCUUUUUUUUCUUCUUUGGCGGGCUGAGUGUUCAUCUCUCGGCUGCAUUAUUGGCCCAUAUGUUUUCAUAUAACAUCAAAUGGGAGGCAACUAAAAAGGAAGUUGAACGAUCAAAUUUCUUCAUCGAGGUCCCCCGCAUCUGGAAACGCUAUCGACACAUCAUGGUCCUUGGAGUCAUCACUAUUGCUACUAUCAUUGUGCUAUCACUCGAUUUUGUACCAGAAUCAUGGCGUAUACCUGGAACAUCCUGGGCUAUUAUCCUUCCUUUAUCUAUCGUUGUGGCAGGACACGUACUGUUCCCUAUUGUACUAAACCCUUGGCUGAUGAUUUUUUCUUAUUGA